CUUCACUCGCCCCGUGGGAGAUGUGACGAUAAGCAGAUGAUUGAAAAGCUGUCUGUCUCCUGCUUCUUUAUCAAUGCAGCUAUGCGCACGCGCCACAAUUGUAACAAGCGUGAUGAUGACGAUGAUGAUGGUGGUGGUGAUGAUGAGAGCGUGACCUCAGUGCUUCCAGCACAGCCGUGGGAGAGACACGCUUGCCAGCACACGGAGGGACAGACACACGGAGAGGGAGACACGGUGGAGACGACCCGAGAGAGGAAAGUGCAGGACGACGCGCGCGGGGCGUCCCUCCACUGCCUCCCGUCGUCUGGCUUACCAGAAUGUUCUACGCUCGCGGUCCAUUUCUCCGCCACAAGAACCAGCCGCCGCGGCGUCUCCACGGAGCCUGAAGCCCAGAUGAUCACCCUCUCCGCCGACAUGGACGAGUCUUCGUCGUUGCUGGAUCUCUUGGAGUGCUCGGUGUGCCUGGAGCGCCUGGACACCACGGCCAAGGUGCUGCCAUGUCAGCACACCUUCUGCCGCCGCUGCCUGGAGAACAUCGUCAGCUCCCGGAACGAGCUGCGCUGCCCGGAGUGUCGCAUCCUGGUGGACUGCGGAGUGGACGACCUCCCGGCGAACAUCCUCCUCGUUCGCCUGCUGGACGGCAUCAAGCAGCGGCCUCAGCGAGGGAGCGUCGGAGCGGGCAGCAGGCAGACCUUGGCCGGGGGCUCGCUGCAGGGGUGUGCAGCUGGGAUAUCCGCGACUCCUGCGGGCAGCGCCAUCAGAGAGCUGCCCGUUGCUACACGGAGCUCUCCGGUAAAGAACAUCCCGGCUCUGCCUUGUGGAAAGGCUCUCUACUCCUACGAGGGCAAAGAGCCUGGGGAUCUGCAGUUCUCCAAGGGUGACAUCAUCAUCCUGCGACGCAAGGUGGACGACAACUGGUACCACGGGGAGCUGAACGGCUGCCAUGGCUUCCUGCCCGCCAGUUACAUCCAGCUGCUGCGCCCCCUGAGCCAGACACCACCACAGGGCAAAGCGCUGUACGACUUUGAGGUCAAAAACAAAGACCAGGAUAAAGACUGCCUGGCUUUCAGCAAGGAUGAAGUCCUGACGGUAAUCAGGCGAGUGGAUGAAAACUGGGCAGAAGGCAUGCUGGGAGACAAGAUUGGCAUCUUCCCCAUUCUCUACGUGGAGUUAAAUGAAACCGCAAAGCAGUUGAUGGAGAUCGACAAGCCGACAACGACCAACGUUCCAGGUCCGAGCUCUGAUCCGUCCCCGCUGGGUCCCUGCUCCCUUGGCCCCUCCCCCAGCACGUCGCCAUCCAAUGGGAAUGGCUCGGGACACCGGAGAGGCGAAGGGAAGAAAAAUGCGAAGAAGAGGCAUUCCUUCUCAGCCUUGUCCGUCAGCCAGCGAGCGGCCCAGCUGAACAACAGACACAGUAUGGAGAUCUCCCACCCGGUCCUCAUCAGCUCCUCUGACCCCAGAGCCGCUGCUCGCAUCCAGGAUGCAUCCUCUCCAGGCCCCUCUCCCUCCUCGGCAGGGGUGCUGGUGCCCCCAAAAGUGGCAUCCAUAACCUCUGAGCUGCUGGCCCAUGCAAAGGUGCAGCUGCCUCUCAACAUCUACCUAGCGCUUUACGCAUACAAGCCACAGAAGGCUGACGAGCUUGAACUCCGCAAAGGGGAGAUGUACCGGGUGACGGAGAAGUGUCAGGAUGGAUGGUUCAAAGGUACCUCGCUGAGAACGGCGGCGUCUGGUGUCUUCCCAGGAAACUACGUCACGCCUGUGUCCAGGGCUACAUUUGGAGGUGGUGCUACACGCGGAUCGUGUUUGUCCAGUCCAGGAAACGGAGGAGGCGUUGGAUGCAGUCAGGCGGGGGGUAAAAUCUCAGAUCCCUCUUCUCCAGCGUCUCCGGGGCCGUCUUCAUCCCGUCCCUCCACGCCGCUGGCCAACUCAGUCAGUCCUGCCUCCUCGCCGCAGACGGCAGCCGCGCAGCUAAAGAACUGCCUGCGCUCCGGUCAGCAUUCUGUCAACCAGACACGCACGUCAAUGCAGCUGGUCCACAGUUCUCCUGCUGGAAGUCCAGAGCGCCCCACGGUGUCCAUAUCAUCCCUGCGCUCUCAGAGCUCCUCCCCGUCACGUUGCUCCAGCCAGUCGGGUCGCCCUCUCUCCAUGACGUCCCCGGGACCUAGUUUGGGACCCUCGCCCUUGUCGUCGCCCGCGUCGCGGCCCCACCUGCCCCUCUCAUCUCCUCUGUCCUGUCUCACGCCGCCUAACGUGUCAGCGGUGCUCCUUAAUGGGGAAGCGGGUAGCCCCCUCCAGCCGCCCUCACCAGGCCCCUCGCACGCACCUUCCCCUUGCGCCCUUGCCCCCAAAACAGAAAAGAAGGAGAGAAAAGCAGGGGGUCUCUUGAAGCUCUUGUCAGGGGCAGCGGCCAAGAAGAAACCUCGCUCGCCUCCUUCCUCCCCGCCCACCUACGACCCUUCUCAAGGCGCGGUGGCCACCGACGUCAGCCACCACCCUCACCACCAUCACCACCACCACGCCCGCUCGGGGUCUUGCCCCAUGGCCUCUCAGGGGCGGGCCGGCUCCUGUCCGGUGGAGAUCGACAUGGCAGGGGCCGUGGGGUUGGAACCCCUGCACAGGAAAUCGGGCUCCUUAGAUACAAACUUUCCCAUGUCACCUCCAGCAACGCGAGCUAGCAGCGUCCUGAUGGUGCUCCGACCCGAACCCAAACCCUUGUCCAGGGAGAGGUACCGUGUGGUGGUGCCCUACCCGCCCCAAAGCGAGGCAGAGAUCGAGCUUCGAGAGGGCGACGUGGUGUUCGUGCACAAGAAGCGUGACGACGGCUGGUACAAAGGCACCCUGCAGAGGACGGGACAGACCGGCUUGUUUCCCGGCAGCUUUGUGGAGAGCUUCUAGAGGAAACGCGCGCACACCAUGCUGGCGUUUCCAACCCGCCUUAAGGAGAUGCUCACCUUCAAAAAUGUCCCUUUUUCCCAAAACCGAGUGAAUAGACAGUAGCACAAGAACGUCUGGCUCUAUCAGCACACCAGGAUUUCACCAGGAUGAAGGAUUCCCACCCCUUCCCCAUCCUCUAAAGCACAGAAAGAAAAGCUUCCCAGGUGUAGUCCACCAGCUUCAAACCGCGACCUCAGAACUCCUCUUCCUCUCGGACCCAAACAGGAUUGUCGUGUUUGUGGCAAUAAGCACACCGGCGCUUCUUUUACACGUGUUGGAGAUCAAUUCCCGUAGCGUUAUGUUUUCCCCUUCUUUUCUUUUUGUUCUGCUCGAUAUCUGUGUUGUCCCAACCCCGUCAUGCUGUGAUCUGUCACUGGAUGUUUUGUUGUUGUUUUUUGUUGUUUUUUUUUAAUUCUAAUUAUUUUAACAACGAACGGUGCAGUCAUUUUGAUAUUUAUUACAAAUUUAUACAGCCGCCUUUUAUUUCAUGUUUUCUCACGCACACGUUGGCUUCAGGUGAGGAAGAAAAUGGCUUGAAUGUAAAAAACAAACAAACAGUAGAAGUCUUGAUAUCCAUGAUUUGUUGAGAUGCACUCAUGCAGACUUUAUCAAACGCGACGGCUGUUGUCCAUCCCGACUUCUUUUUCACCCAAAACAAAAAAAACGUAUCCACGUGAAUUUGGGAAAAUAAGCUUUUCGUUGUACGGCUCUUGUUGAUAUUUUUCUAUAUGGCUUCAGUGGGUGUACAGCGUGCUUUAUGAAGCUCUAUAUGUCCUGACUGGAAGUCCAGACACGUUUACAUCCGUCACACGAUCUACCUUUUCCCCUCCUUGGAGAGAGAAGCACAGCCAAACUCAAGGGUUGACUCACUCAGAGUGUGUGUGCGUGUGUGUGUGUGUGAGAGGUUCUGUAACAAAGGAAAGGGCUGAUAGGAACAGGGGAUGUGUGUGAAUAUCCUCAUAGGAGUGUAAAGUGUGAUUGAGGGAAAUGUUUUUAUUUUCAUUUUUCAUUGGCUAAUCAACUCAACGGAUAUAAAAAGGUGAUGUCACCCUCUGAAAGCACACUGGAGCCUCCGUUAGUGCGUUCUUCAGUUAACGCCGAAAGUUGACGGCAAAAUUUUGUCUCGGUUUGCGCACUGUCUGGGGGUCUCGAGGACAGUUUACAAUUUCAUUCAAGCAGGAGUAGAUCAAAGCAACUUAGCUGCCAGAGUCUGAGAGAGAGAUUAGCGGCCAACGAUGGUUUCGUGAAGUCCAGUCGAUCUCUGAGGAAGAGGAACCCAGUUCUGUUUCCUUUGACGACUUCUGUCAGAGAGGCGGCACAAAGGCCUGUCUUAUGUUGGACAGCUAAUUGCUCCUCAGACAGAGAUGAACAAAAUGGCAUAUCUGGAAACUGUGUGUGUGUGUGUGUGUGUGUGUGUGUGUGUGCGCAGAUAAAAUCAACAGGGAGCAUCUUUUCCAAGUGAAAGGUCUUCUGAAUGUAUUACGUCUCUGUGGUAGACAAGCACGUUGCAGUACUUUGACUAAAACCCAGUGGAAAAUAUUCCAUUCCUAACAGUACAUUUUCCGUACAAUAUGGCGUGCGCCGGGUCUCGUUGUUAAUACGUUGCAUCAGUCCAGCUGUGUUCUUAAUGUAUUUGUAGCAUAAAACAUCCUUGCUAGCAGCCUUUGAGGUUGCUGGUACGUGGAAACAGGAAGCGGAAGCUAGCGCCGUCACCCGUCUGUGAUGUCACCAGCGGUUGACUCGGGGGUGUCCAAACCUGUGUUUUUGUUGGCCCACAGCACGUUUUAAAAAUAUAACAUAACAAGAAUUUAAAAAUAACAACAACAACAGUAAAAAUGAGAAAAAUCAGCGGAACAACUUCCUUGCAUUUUUCACGACGUGGCCCUGGAAACAGUUUGGACACCCCUACGGUAGUUCUUUGCUAACUGGCACAGUUACGCCACACUUCUCAAAAACGUUAAGACAAAACACAUUGUUAUAGUUUUACAAAUAUAGUUUUACAUACAUAACACAAAUAUAAAUGCAUAUACAUGUUGAAAGAAAGGGAUGAAUUCAUAUUUUAGGUUACUUUUACAUUUUUUGCAGGUGUGAUUGUUGCCAUAGACACGAUGUGGACACCACCUUCUUGUUUUGCCAUGAGUUAUUUCUUGAAUUCAAUAGUGUUUCUCACCUCAAGCCUCUGCUUUUCUUUUGAUCAGGGCCGCGAAAUAAGCCAAAAUGGAGCCAAAGAAAGUUGCAAGUGCCAGCAUUUUCAUAAAGAAGGGGAGAAACACUUUCAUUCAAGACAUAACUCAUAGCAAAACAAGAAGGUGGUGUCCGUGUUGGUGUCGCUGCCGCAUCAUGUCUUUGGCAACAAUCAUGUUUUCGGUGAAGGUAAACGUGACCUUAAAGGUUCAUUUACCCCUUUCAUUCCUCAUUUAUAUGUAUUUAGACAUGUAUUUUGAAUUGUUUUCUGCAUGUAAAACUAUAAACGUAUUUUAUCUUUUAGGCAUUGUAGGCUUCCUGGAACAGAUUAGUUGGAUUUACAUUAUUUCUUAUGGGAGGAAUUGAUUUGGUUAGAGUGUGACUUACUGUCACGGAUGCUAACCAAGGUUCCACUGUCCUCCAGCCGACAUAAAAAGGUGACGUCACCCUGUGAUAUACUAUAUUUUUGUGUUUGAAAAAGCUCUAAACAAAUGUAAGACAGUGGUACCGCGGUUUUUGUUAUUUAUUUACACCCCCACCAAAAUGUAAUGAGCUCUCGCUCUAGCCUUCUACAAAAUUCCAUGGAAAUCAGUGGUGUAGCUUUUGCGUAAUCCUGCAAACAAACCAAGAAACAAUACCUCUCGCCCUCAUUUCAUGGUAAUCACGCCUAAUUCUUGGCAAAAGUUUGCAAAGUAUUGCUGCUAGUUUGCUACGGUGGAUCCCUGAACAUUUUUGAUAUUUUUAUCUCCGAAAAUAGGCAAUUUUCCCCACAGAAAACACAGUGGGUAACUUUUAAAUACGUGAUAAUACAGUAAAAUGUACAGCAUACAGGUACCAGCCCACAAUCUUUACAUGUCUAUGUCUUUGCGCUUCACUGUGUUUUUUCGUCCAGCAUUUAGAUUUCACACUUUUUCCAUCGGUCCUUGAAAGCACCAUAGAUGCUUUGAGACGGAAAAGUAAAUUUAACAGCACAAGUUAAUAUAUGAUGGAAAAUUGCAGUCUGGAUUAUGUAGACGCAACUGCCUGACGCCUGCUAGCCUCUAGCGCUGGCCUGACGACCAGGCUAAAGGCUACACCGUGACUCCCAUUCCAUCUGUUCGUCCAUCAUCUUAUCUUACGUUACCAAUGAUUAGUGGUGAGUAGCUAUACAUUUUAUGCUUUAAAUCAGGGGUGUCCAAAGUGCGGCCCGGGGGCCAUUUGCGGCCGUCGGCUGUGAUUUUAUCGGCCCGCUGCGCAGUCUACAAAUGUAAUUUAACAAGGAAACUUAAAACAAAACAACAGCAGCAAAAAUUGGAAAAUCAGCCAAAAGGAAAAAAAAAAAAGCCAUAAUUUCCCAAGAAUAAAGUAAUAGUGUGAGGAAAAAUGAAAAAUGUCAUUUUAGUAGCAUGAAGUUGAAAUAUUAAAGAAAAAGUUUGUUUUUUUUAAGUCAAAAACAAUGAAUAAAGUUGUUAUUUGUGGAAGAAGGGGGGAAAUGUAUGACAUGGGAAUAAAGUCAAAAUAUCAGGAGAAGAAAAGAAGUUGAAAUAUUUGGAAAAGUAUACAAAAAAAAUCAAUAGAAAUUUUUACCAGAGUAAAGUCAAACUAUUAAGAGAAAAACAUAGUUUUCUAAUGAGAAGAAAGUAGCAAUUUUAUGACAAUAAGCUUGUAAAAUGAAGAAAAAUAUUAUUUUAGUAAAAAUAUUAUUGUUUUAAAAAAUAUAAAGUUAUUACAGUUAGAAAAUUUUAAAAAAUAAUCAGAAGAAAUUGAAAAAACAGCUGUAAUUUUACGGGAAUAAAGUCAAAAUAGUAGUCAUAAUUGAAUGAAGAACAAAACGUCCCAAUUUUACAAGAAUAAACUUGUAUUAUUAUAGAAAAAAACAUUAUUUUUAGCAGCAUUUCACCUAUAUUACACACCUAUAUUACCUAUAUUUCACCUAUAUUGAGUUGCAAAUAGCUUCUUAGCAUAUCUCAAUGUGUUGCUUUACAAAAUAUCAAAGUGGCUCUUGCAUCCUUUCAUUUUUCACUAUGUGGCCCUCGCUGGAAAAAGUUUGGACACCCCUGCUUUAAAUAAAUAAAUACAUUUUCUGAAUCUAAUCGACUAAUUACACCAGUCACUUUUAUUGCAAAUUGGAGGGGGAGGAGCAAGCGCUUGCUAUUCUGCAAAGAGCGGGGAUCUACUCGGUUGCGCCUCUUCUCAGCGCAGUCCACGGAAUUGAAACACGUCAUUUGUCCUCCAUUUGGUCCAAGUAAAUGUCAUAUUUUGGGUGAAAUUGUGAUUGAAAGUGUCCAAACGUUAGGAGAUGGCAAGCCCUGGCUUCCAGUGAGGCUGCACAGAGGAUCUUGGUGCAUUCUGGGUAAUCCUGUGCAUCUGGAGCAACUCCGCAAAGUAGAUUAAGGUCAAAGUUGAAGUGGAGAGAGUCGUAAAGCAGCAAAGCCGGACUUGACAGACUCCUAUUUGUUUUGAAAUGAAAUGAUGGGCGAUUUGCACAAAAAAAACGUUCAUUUCAGUCUUUAUGACGGCUGACUGAUGCGCGUGUGUGUGUGUGCGUGUGUAUGUGUUGGGGGGGGGCCUCUGUAUGUAGCUCGAUACAUGACAACAAAAAAAAAAGGCGACAUGGACGCUCAUCAGGACUGAGUCAGGUCUUUCGUGUACAGCAAACGAAAAGAAAAAAAAAGUCUAUCUGAUUCUAUAUUGUGCAGAAUAUUUAUAGGCCUUUGGUGCCGUUGACGUCCUGCUCUGCGCUGGCCGUGCUCAGCGCUCUACCAUGUGAUCAUGAUGCAUCGUCUUGUACUGAUGACCCGUGGUUGACUCGAUUGUUUUUUCAUGUCAAGUGCAUUUUUCGCAAUAAAUGCCUUUUGAUUUAAAAA